AUGUACACUCAACGUCCUCUUUCGUACGCGCCUACGCCGUAUAGCUACACGCCGAAUCCGGCACGUUCAGCAUCGAUCAAUCUCGAUGAGGAAGUGAAACUAGCCUCCAGCUCCGCAGAGCGAGAUCUUUAUGAGUCGCUGGCAGAGAUCUACAGCAUCAUCGUGACUCUUGAUGGGCUCGAGAAGGCAUACAUCAAAGAUGUGGUUACAGAGGCGGAAUAUACCGAGACAUGCGCACGGCUACUGAAGCAGUACAAGUCUAGCUUGGGCGAUGACACAGUCGCCAGGGAAUUCGUCGAUCUCGAAACAUUCAAGCGGACAUGGGGGCUGGAAUGCCCCCGUGCCACCGAGCGUCUUCGUAUCGGCCUUCCCGCAACAGUUGAGCAAGCCACCCACAGUGCGCCCGCGGCCAAUGCAGGAGCAGCAGCGGGGGGACCUAUUGGCGGCGCGUCAGGCAGCUUAAUUCUCACGGCUACCGAAAAUUUCAUCACUUUCCUCGAUGCUCUAAAACUGAACAUGGUCUCGAAGGAUGCACUUCAUCCCCUUCUCUCGGAAGUCAUCCAAUCUGUGAACAAGGUGACCGAUGGGGAUUUCGAUAACCGCGGCAAGAUCAUCCAGUGGUUGAUCACGUUGAAUCAGAUGCGCGCGACGGAAGAACUCAGUGAAGAACAGGCCCGAGAACUCGCCUUUGACAUUGAGCAGGCUUAUCAGGGUUUCAAGUCAACACUUGGCUGA